GUCUUCAUUAACAUUUCAUUCCUCUUUUUCCUUCUUCCUUUUCCCAAUCCCGUCAUAUAAAGUAUCUUGUACAUAGGGCUGGUGCUUUGACAUCUUUAAAUAUAUCAAUUUUCCCACAUUCCAGUUCAUACCUCCUACCCGAACCGUCCAUACCAAACACCACCCUAAUCCUACUCUACUCCACUCACACUACAUCUCGACUUACCAACAAUGGACAUGAGCUCAAUGACCGGUAUGGACAUGGGAACCACCUCCACUACCAUGUCCGGCAUGUCAAUGGCUACCUCCACCGCGUCGUCCACAAUGGACAUGUCUAUGGGCUCCUCCACCUCUACCUCCAUGUCUAUGCCCAUGUCCACCUCUUCCUCUUCCUCUUCUUCUAUGUCCAUGUCCAUGUCAAUGGUCUUCAUGAACGCCCACGACACCCCCCUCUUCUCCAACCAAUGGACCCCGUCCUCCAGCGGCACCUACGCCGGCACCUGCAUCUUCCUCAUCGUCCUCGCCAUCAUCUCCCGCUGUCUGGCCGCCUUCAAAGCCCUCCUGGAACGCCGCUGGCUCGACGCCCACGUCAACCGUCGCUAUAUCGCCGUCGCAGGGAAAUCCACCGAAGCAGGUCGCAUUGACGCUGAUCCCGAAUCCAAAGAAGCCAGUCUCAUCACAGCCCAAGGGGUCGAGGAGAAAGUCAAAGUCAUCCACAAAGCAGCCCGCGAACCUCUCCCUUGGCGAUUCAGCACAGAUCUCCCUCGCGCGCUGCUUUUUCUGGUCAUCACCGGUGUUUCUUACCUACUGAUGUUGGCCGUCAUGACCAUGAACAUCGGAUACUUCUGCUCCGUCCUAGCCGGUGCCUUCCUGGGCGAACUUGCCGUGGGACGCUUCAUCCAGUGGAACGAGCAUGAACAUUAGUCCUACUCACAUACAUAUAUACAUACAUACAUGUCCAUUUCGGGUUCCUCGAACAUAACGACUUCUAUUUCGCACGGUGUUCUCGGUUCGGGUGUUCGGUGCUGGUCUAGCCUUGCAUUGCAUUGCAUUGCAUUCAUUUCAAUAAUUUUGGGAUAGCGAGUGUGGUACAUGUGCACUUUUGACUUUUUGGUUGUUUGUCAGAUACCACUUUUCGCUUAUUGGUCUCUUGGAUCUCUGCUCUGUGUCGCUUUUUUGCCCUGAUACCAUUACAGUCGAGGGUGUGUGAUUAGCUUAGACUUCAGUACAUAGAGAUAAUGUCUGGGGAGGUUUUGGACUGUGUCGGCAUAAUAACAUGGUUUCGG